UGUGACAAGAGGAAAGAGCGAGAGGAGACGAGGCCCAACGGCCAUGGCUUCAGUCAACAUGGUGGGGUUUUCCAACGCCACCCAGUCCACUGGCCCAGGCAGCAGCGAGACCAUCAGUCCCAGCGCAUAUGUGAGGGAAGUCGUGGAGGUGACGCCAGAGUUCACCUCGGUCACCAACAGUCGCGAGCGCUUCGUUGUGGUGGCGAUGAGCGCCUUGCUCCUGCUCAUCAGCUGCACGCUUUUUGCCGUCCUCUUCACGCUCCUCUCAGACGACAGAACCUCAACUAAGUCCAAGGAGGCGAUUUAUGCUGCUUGCCGGGCGUUUAGUUUUGCAAGAGGCUGGUCGAUUCGUGAUACAUAGGCGAAUAUCAUGCAUUCUUAUUCUUAAAGAGCGAAAACACCUGA